CAGGUCGGUGAUCUCGUAGUCUACUUCGAGAUCGAUUGCUUCAUCCCCAAAGACGCCCGCUUCUGGGAGCUUUUCGCACAGCCCACUGCCACGGAAGUCUUCAGAGGCAAGGAGGGGUUCAGGGUCAAGUCCAGAUGGUUCAAAAACCAUCUUUCCCAGGGGCUCAUUUGGCCUCUGCGUGAAUUUGACGAAAUCUACCUCCCGUUCGAAGCCCGCGCGAAGGUUGUCGGCGAGCAAGCUGCCUUCGAUGAGCUCCGCGACAAGUCGUUUGCCGAUCUGUUCGGCGUCGUCAAGUGGGAGUACCCGGAAUCGGCGAAGGAUCUUGAGGACUUGGGACCCGCCCCAGGGUUCAUCCGCAUGCCUGGGUGGCGGCGGAUCCAGGACGUUGAGGAAACUGUCUUCUGCAAUAAGAACCUGCAGAAGGAAUGGCAAAUCACCGAGAAGCUCGACGGCGUCACGAUGACGGUCUACAAAAUAUCCCGAAACUCGAAAUGGGCCCGGUCCCUCCCGGAUCUGCCUGCCGACUGCCCGCCGACGAUGCAAAAGGAACAGAGCCGAUAUGGCGUCUGCAUUCGCCAGCGGGACUUCGUUGAUCGAGACGACAACCUGUACUGGCAAGCGGCCAGGCAGUCCGGCGCGCUGGACGGGAUCCAGAAAAUCGACAUGCCCAACGUCGCCGUGCAGGGCGAGUUCUGCGGCUCCUCCGUUCUGCGCAACAGCAUGCAGUAUCCCGAUGGCGAGCACGAGUUCGUCGUCUUCGCCAUCUGGGACAUCGACAAGGCCCGGUAUCUCGGUCCUCGCGAGACGGUGGAGCUCUGCGACAAGCUCGGCAUCAAGCACGUUCCGGUGGUGGGCUACGUGGCCCUCGGGGGCUAUGCCAGGGACACGAAGGAGUUGCUGGAGAAGGCUGAGGGAAGAGGCCGAUUUGGCGGUGUGCGGGAGGGCUUGGUGUUCAGAGCGCUCGAUGGCAGCGGGAGUUUCAAGGUCAUCUCGAACAGCUGGCUCAGGCUUUGGGAUGCCUAG